AUGCCGUCUCUCUUCGCUUCUUCACUAGCGCUGCUCGCCGCUUCUGCUACUGGCGCUGCCGCUGCAUGUGCCGGUAAAAAAAAUUCCACAGGCUACGUCAACGCCGUCUACUUUACCAACUGGGGCACUCACAAUGGCACCAACUUCCAGCCCGCCGCGCUGCCCGCGCCGCAAAUCUCCCACCUCAACUACGCCUUUCUGAACCUGACCAUCAACGGCACCGUCUUCUCUGCGGAUCCCGUCGCCGACACAGAGAGGCGCUACCCGGGAGACUUCCAGCUCACGCUGCCUGCAGCCCAGGAUAAAUCCGACACGGCCAACGUCUACGGCGCCGUCAAGCAGCUGUUCCUGCUCAAAAAGGCCAACCGGCACAUGAAGCUGCUCAUCUCCAUCGGCGGCUGGACGUGGUCGCAGAACCCGGCCUUCGCCACCGUGGCCGUGGCCGCCUCCAACGCCACCCGCCUCACCUUUGCGCGGUCGGCCGUCGAGCUCGUCCGCGACUGGGGCUUCGACGGCAUCGACCUCGACUGGGAGUACCCGCAGGACGCCAAGCAGGCCGCCGACAUGGUGCUCCUCCUGCAGGCCCUGCGCGACGAGCUCGACGCCUACGCCGCCCGCUCGGCCCCCGGCUACCGCUUCCAGCUGACCAUUGCCUCGCCCGCCGGCGCCGCCGCCUACAACAAGCUGCAGCUGGCCAAGCUCGGCGCCAUCCUCGACUACGUCCACCUCAUGGCCUACGACUUUGCCGGCUCCUGGUCCAACGCCAGCGGCCACCUCGCCCACCUGUACACCAACCCGCAGCUGGUGAACCGCUCCGCCGACUCGGCCGUCCGCGACUACAUCAAGGGCGGCGUCCCGCCCCACAAGCUCGUCCUCGGCAUGCCCAUCUACGGCCGCGCCUUUCCCAACACCACCGGCCUCGGGAAGCCCUUCACCUCCACGCCCCCCACCGAGGGCAACGAGGAGCCGGAUACCUACAUGUACAACAAGCUGCCCAAGGCCGGGGCCGUCGAGAUGUACGACGACGUCGCCAAGGCCGUCUACAGCUACGACAACCGCACGCGCGAGCUCAUCUCGUACGACACCCCGACCGUCACGCGCGACAAGGUGGCCUACGUGAAGCGCCUCGGGCUCGGCGGCAGCAUGUUCUGGGAGGCGUCGGGCGAUCGCAACGGCUCGCAAUCCCUCAUCGGCACGAGCCUGCGCGCCCUGGGCUCGCUCGACUCCUCGCAGAACUUGCUCGACUAUCCGGACUCGCGCUAUGCCAAUAUCAGGAACAAGAUGGCCUGUUCGUAG